AUGCGCUUGCACCCGACGCUCAAUGUGGGGUGUCUUAAGGCUUACCUGCUGGCGAUUUUCCCAUACGAACCUUCCCCGCUAUUCCGUGUCGACUCGAUGUACGACAUUUCUUAUAACGACGCUGACGUUGACUGGUACCAGGUACUGCACGAGACAGUGCAGGCUCACUUUGAUAGGCUUUACCGAAAGCAGCAGUCUGAAGAUGGCUUUGACGCUCCACCAAUCCCUGCUGCUCCCGCUGAGUCGUUUCGUCAGCGUAUCGCAGCUGCUGCACGAUCGUAA